UAUCUUAUUCCUCAAUUCUAUCUUCUCUUGGUUUGACCCCACCAUUAGCUUAAAGACAUGACAUGAACAUCUCUUUCCCCUCACUACAUCCCUCUCUUUUCUUCUAUUUAUCCCCCACCAACCUCCAUCCCACAUAGAGCCUUUAAACAAUAUAUUCUCCUUUCUAUGUGUAUCCUGGUGAACUAGAAUUCACAUCCUUGUUGUGGCUCUGCAACUGCUUCCCCCAAGGAAAAAAAAAGGGUGGGUGAUACAAGCUAGCAUCUAUAGCUUUUUUCUUGUUAGUGUAAUUAGUGUAGUCUCCUUGUGUGAGAGGGAGAGGAAGUGGUUUUCUUCUUCUUCUAGGGACUUUGGUUCUCUUAGAUGGGCAAUCAUAGGUUUAGACUAUCUGACAUGUUGCCGAACUCCUGGUUCUACAAGCUCAAGGACAUGGGAAGAGCUGGUAGAAGCCAAAGGAUCAGGGAGUCUGUAAAGAGAAAUCCUCCAACAAGUACCACCAGAGCUUCCAUCACACCAAAACCAGCCCCACAACCCAACGAAGCCUACCUUCCCAACAGAGCCUCCUACUACUUCCCCAGCAAAGAGAGAAUAGGAAGUCUCCUUCGCUCCCCCAUCCACCAGAAGGCCUCGGACACCCAUUUCCCGAUAGACCCGCCGAGGACGCCCAAGCGAAGCAGCAGUAGAAGGCCCACAAAACCUUUUCCCAAGCCGGUCUCCUCCUCUGUUUCAGCCAGCUGCAAUUGCCGCGCCACCUUCACCUCUGCUUGCAAGCCCGAGUCCACUCCCGAGAGCUCACUUUAUCGCCACCACGACGACGACGACGACGAGCUCAGCGAGCCCAUCGUUGCUGAACAAUUGGAAGUCGACUGCUGCCAGGUCGCCUCCUCUGCUAGUGAUGUCAUAAGCGACGUCGGCAGCAAGGGCUCUUUCCAUCGGUUCAAAAGUUUUGACGAGAUGGAACCAGACUCGGAGCUCAAACUCCCACCAAUCGUCGCAAAACCCAUGAAGAAAGAGCUCGACAGGGCCGAAGGAGACGGCAGGAAUGCAAGUGGAAAGCAGGGGAGCUACCAUCAUAGUUGUGAUAUUAAGGAGACCAGCAAAAGCCCAGCAAGGCGAUCAAUUCAACGGAUUAAGGUGCGUGCGAGCUCUCCAAGGGUCGGCACCAAGAAACUGCAGGCUCAUCGGAGCCAGAAGAUGGCAGGGUUGGAGGCAGCCAUGCAGCAGAGGAAGGGACGAAUGGAGGGCUUUGUGGUGGUGAAGUCGUCGUUGGACCCGCGAAGGGACUUCAGGGAGUCUAUGGUGGAAAUGAUCGUGGAGAACAACCUCCGGGCACCAAAGGACUUGGAGGAGCUACUGGCUUGCUACCUGUCACUGAAUUCAAAGGAGUAUCAUGAUGUUAUCAUCCAUGUAUUCGAGCAAAUCUGGUUUGAUCUCGCCGACAUUAUAUUGUAAAGAAGUGUGUGAUUAGAAUUGGGGCUUGUAAGGAUAUCUUAUACUGAAUUAUGUUACGUUGAAGCUUCCUAUGCACUUCAGUUCA